AUGUUCGAAGAGCAUAUGUUCACACAUGGGAAGGAUUACUCGCUUGCUCGCAAACUGAAAGCUCUCAAUGAAGCGGAGAUAACCCAAUUGCCCAGAUCUGAACGACAACAGCUGUAUCGGCAGAAAAUAAAGGAAAGAAUACAUCAGGCCUACGAGAUAGCUGCAAAGACCUACAAUUUAAAAGCACGAGAAAUUCGAUACUCACCGGGACAAGAGAUUUACAAGAGGAACUUUAUACUUAGUGACUUCACCAAGUUUCUGGGUCGCCGCGGGCCUGUUGUCAAACUUUAUUGCGACAGUGCUACGAAUUUUGUGGGUGCGGCCCGAAUCCUCAAGGAGCACAUGGAACCCUUCGGCACCAACGACCAGAGCAUCAUGUCGUGUGUUGCAGCACACCGAUUCACCAUCGAAUUCAUCCCGCCCAGAGCGCCACACAUUGGCGGUCUUUGGGAGGCGGCCGUAAAGUCGGCCAAGCACCUUUUGUUGAAGGUCCAUAGCCUUCUCAAGAAGGACGAGCUGCAUACGGUCAUCAUGGAGGUGGAAGCCGUGCCAAAUUCGAGGCCGCUCAUCGUGGACAGUGGCAGUCCCAACGAGGGAGAGGUUGUCACACCAGCGCAUCUAUUCGUAGGCACAAAGCUAGCAACGCUGCCACCCGCAUCCGCGCAGCCAAAGGCAGACUGCAACCUCACGUACUUGCAGAGAUGGCAGCUAGUCUCAGCUAUCAAACAACGAUUUUGGAGCGACUGGUCGAGAGACUAUCUACUGAGCCUACAGCAGCGUGGAAAAUGGACCAAUAGCGUGGACAAUCUUCAAGUCGGAACAGUGGUGGCAAUUCAAGAAGACAACGUUCCCCCCCAUUGGGGAUAA